CUGCGCGGCUUCGCGCUGCUCGGCAUCCUGGCCAUCAACAUCCAGUACUUCGCGAUGCCGGAUGCGGCGUACUUCAAUCCGACCGCCUACGGCGACCUGCAGGGAGCAAAUCUCCAGGUCUUUCUCUGGAGCCGGCUGCUGGCGGACCAGAAGUUCAUGACGAUCUUCUCGAUGCUGUUCGGCGCCGGCAUCGUCCUGAUGGCGGCGCGGGCGGCGGAGCCCGGCGAUGCCCGCCGCAGGCACUACCGCCGCAUGGCGUGGCUCGGGCUCAUCGGCCUGCUGCACGCCCACCUCCUCUGGGCCGGCGACAUCCUGUUCCUCUACGCCGUCUGCGGCAUGCUGGUCUUUCCGCUGCGCGGGCUUUCGCCGAGGCUGCUGUUGGCGAUUGGCGCCGCCACCAUCAGCGUGGCGUCGGCGAUCUCCCUCGCCGGCGGGGCGUCGCUACCCUACUGGCCAGACGCGGCACGGAGCGAUUUCAUCGCCACCCUCUGGCAGCCGCCGCCGGCCAUGAUCGAAGCCGACCUCGCCGCCUAUCGGGGCGGCUGGCUCGAGCAGCUUCCCGCCCGCUCGGCAACGGCGUUCACCUUCGAAACAUUCAUCCUGCUCACCUGGGGCAUGUGGCGGGCCGGCGGGCUGAUGCUGAUCGGGAUGGCGCUGUUCAAGCUCGACGUCUUCCGCGCACAGCGCUCACGGCGGUUCUACGGCGCGCUGGCAGUCGCGGCGCUCGUUCUCGGUUUCUCGAUCGACGGCUACGGGGUCGUUCUCGAUUUCCGCUACGGCUGGGACAUCUGGUCGUUCUUCCAGGGCGAGCAGUUCAACUACUGGGGGAGCAUCGCGGUCAGCCUCGGCUACGUCGGUCUCGUGAUGCUGGCGUGCCGGACGCCCGCCCUGCGCGGCGCCACCCGCCCAUUUGCCGCGGUCGGCCAGACGGCGCUGACCAACUACCUGCUGCAGACGGUGAUCUGCACGACGAUCUUCUACGGGCACGGCCUCGGCUGGUACGGUUGA